CCAUGUCCACGACCACAGUGCCACAGACACAAAGCUUAUCCAGCAGACAGAAAUGCCCACAAGCCAGUGGGCUUGAGACCAUGGCACCUUUGGUUACCUCUGUGGAGGAAACCCCGGAACCCAUCCCCACUACCACCAAGGGAAUUAUUCCGACAUGGAUCAAUGGGAGCUUCCUUAGAAAUGGUCCAGGGAAAUUUGAAUUUGGGAAUGACAAGUACAACCACUGGUUUGAUGGCAUGGCCAUGAUGCACCGAUUUCACAUCUAUGAGGGCAAUGUCACUUACAGCAGCCGCUUCCUAAGAAGUGACUCGUAUGUCUGCAACUCAGAGAAGAACCGCAUCGUGGUUUCAGAGUUUGGCACAUUAGCCAUGCCUGAUCCCUGCAAGAAUAUCUUUGCACGCUUCUUUUCACGCUUUCAGAUACCAAAGGCCACGGAUAACGCUAGUGUGAACUUUGUCAAGUACAAAGGAGACUAUUAUGUCAGCACAGAAACCAACUACAUGAGAAGAGUGGAUCCACAAAGCCUGGAGACCAAGGAGAAGGUGGAUUGGAGUCAGUAUAUUGCUGUCAAUGCAGCUACAGCUCACCCUCACUAUGACCGAGAAGGGGCCGCUUACAACAUGGGCAAUUCCUACGGCACAAGUGGUUUUUUCUACACCAUCAUUCGUGUGCCACCUCCCAUGGAAGGUGCAGCAAAGCUGGACUCAGCAGACCUAAGUGGAGCUGAAGUGAUCUGCUCCAUCCGUGCAGCUGAAGCCAGAAAACCUUCCUAUUUUCACAGCUUUGUCAUGUCAGAGAACUACAUUGUGUUUGUUGAGCAGCCAAUCAAGCUGGAUCUGUUGAAGUUCAUGCUGUACAGGAUACAAGGGAAGAGCUUUAAUAAAAUCAUGUCCUGGGAGCCUCAGUACGACACCAUAUUCCACCUGGUCAACAGGCACACAGGCAAGGAGAGUGAAGUGAAAUUUCGGGCAGCACCAAUGUUCACACUGCAUCAGAUCAACGCCUUUGAGGAUAAUGGGUUCUUGGUUAUGGACAUGUGCUGUGGGGAUGAUGGUGAGCUAAUCGGGGACUUCACCCUGGAGAACUUACGACGAGAGUCGGGAGAGGAAAUGGACAAGUUUUACAACUCAUUGUGCAUAAACCUCCCAAGGAGAUAUGUCCUACCUCUGGAUGUGGACGAACAAACUCCUCUGGACAAAAACCUUGUCACUCUGCAUAACUGUAAAGCCACAGCGAUGAAGACAAAACCUGGGGAGGUUUACUUGAUCCAUGAAGAGCUUCACACUGAUGAGCUGCUGCAGUACGGUGGCCUUGAGUUCCCUCAAAUCAAUUAUGACAAGUACAAUGCCAGACCUUAUCGCUACUUCUAUGCGUGUGGCUUUGGACAUGUCUUCGCUGACUCUCUGCUCAAGAUGGAUGUCAACACCAAGGAGCUUAAGGUGUGGCGCUAUCCUGGCUUGUACCCAUCUGAGCCUGUCUUCAUUGCUUCGCCUGACGCGGUUGAGGAAGAUGAUGGAGUGGUCCUGUCAGUCAUCAUCACACCUAGAAAAGAAAAAAGUACCUUCCUACUUGUUCUGGAUGCAAAGACCUUUACUGAGUUGGGCAGAGCUGAGGUCCCUGUCAACAUCCCCUAUGGGACUCAUGGAGUGUUUAACAGUAUGGGCUAAAUUUGCUGCUGUUUGCAAGUCUGUGGCAAAUUGCUGAGACUGAACCAGCAGCCAGCCACUUUAUCCACACAAUAGAACCCGUAUUUUGAUGUCAUUGCCUAUAACAGUCCUGUUCUGUAAAAGACAGAGGGUGAGAAAUAAGACAAGGACGAACUGUAAACUCUUGUGAUUUAUUUGUGCCUCUUUGAAAUGAAUUGAUGCAUUUCUUCACUGUGUGCUGGCAUAACAUUUGGAAAGAUGGCAAUCUUUUGGAGAUUAACAAGACAGUGAGCCCACCAUAGCAACAGCAUGCUGAUAAAGUUUUUCCUAUAUGCUCUUUCGAGAAUUUGAAAUACCUUUUUACACAGUGGGCUGAGCACCAUGUUGAUUGUACACACCUGAAAGGGCUUAUAUUUUAGGUGGAGAACAAUACAUUAAAAUCAAUAAACACGUUGAAAUAA